ACCCCAUUGGCCUCACACCAUCUCUUGGGCUGAGAAAGUAAAGCCACUUUUUCUCUGAGCAUCCAUCUGCUGCCUUCAGAAGUCUCCUUGCAUGAUCCAGACAGUUUGGGUGUCUUCCUCCAGGAGCUGGGCUUCCAGGAGGCCUGAUGGCCAACGAACAAGCUGGAAAUGUGGAUUCAUCAGAACUAUAAUCCAGCAUAUAUGCCUGAGGCAUCACUUCAAAGCCCAAGGGAAAACAAGAAUGUUGAAGAAAAUCCACAUAUGCCUCUGCUUCUUCUUCGUCUCCGGCAUUUUGUACGAGAUCUCCUUGCUAUCUGGCUGCUUCUUCUCCUGUAUGCCUAUGCCCAAGCAAUUCCUGACACCUGAGCAAGUCCUCAACCUGGGCAGAAGCAUCAUCUUCCUGGAGACGACAGAGCGCCUGGAACCACCACCACUGGUGUCCUGCUCCGUGGAGUCUGCUGCCAGGAUCUACCAGGACCGGCCCAUCAUCCUCUUCAUGAAGGGGCUGACAAAUGACACCGUGUUGGACUCAAACUCCAGCUACACAGCCUUCUCGCUUUUAUCUUCUAUGAAGAAUGUCUUCCUUUUUCCUCUCCAGAUGGAAAACGUCUUCCAGGAGACCCCUCUUCUACAGUGGUACAACGAGGUAGACCCCGAAGAGGAGAAGAACUGGGUCCAUGUCAGCUCUGACGCCAGCAGACUGGCCCUCAUUUGGAAGUAUGGGGGCAUCUACAUGGACACAGAUGUCAUCUCCAUCAGGCCCAUCCCUGAGGGAAGCUUCCUGGCAGCACAGAAGUCAAGGUUUUCCAGCAAUGGGAUCUUUGGUUUCCCUGCCCGUCACAAAUUUAUUUGGGACUGCAUGGAGAAUUUUGUUCUCAAGUACAACGGGAACAUCUGGGGGAACCAGGGGCCCUUUUUAAUGACGAGGAUGCUUAAAGCCAUCUGCAAUCUCACAGAUUUCAAAGGCGUCGAGGAUCACAGCUGUCAGAACAUCUCCUUCCUGAACCCACAGCGUUUCUACCCCAUCCCAUACCCAGCCUGGAGCCGCUACUACGAUGUAUGGGACAAAGUCCCUGACUUCAACCACUCCUAUGCUCUGCACUUGUGGAACUUCAUGAACCGCAACAGGAAAGCUGUGGUUGCUGGGAGCAACUCGCUGGCUGAAAAACUGUACAAAACCUACUGCCCCAGCACUUAUGAGGACCUGAUCCAAAACGCAGAGCUGAGGGUCUUCACAAGCUAUGAGGACUCUGUGUGAUGUGUAGGAAGAAGGAAGGAGUGAUUCUUCCAGACCGUCCCCAUUGGAGUCAGCAGCUGGCUUUGCAGUCGAAAGACCUUUGCAUAGCCACUGCCCAUGCUCCUUUAGGCUGCCAAGGAACAUAUGCAUUGGAUGCAGCCUGCAGAGACAUUAUAACAACACUUUUGCGUGAGAGGUUGAGUAAAUUUGGUUUUAUUUCUUUAGAGGUGCUCGUGAACCAAAUCUUAACAAAUCAAAGGGACUUGUGGACCUUUCUACUGAGCUUUGUGAAAGGAGGUGUUCAUAAAAAGACCUGCUGCCUUCCUAGGAUGGAUUUCAGAUGCUCUUCUUGACAGAAUUGUCAGCUACACAUCAGACAAGUUGCCAACACAAGGGGCCUUGGGAUGGGCUGAGGCCUCUGAGCAGGUGUAAUGCAUGUGUAAUGGCAGGGGAUGGAUGACUGCUAAUGAAGAGUAGCCCAAACUACUGUCUUCUCGUUAAUCUGAGCUUUUCUCACAUGAACUUUAUACCCUCCAUUUUUGAGAGGGACAUAUCAGUGCAAGUUAAA